AUGGAUCGCUUGUCGCGGCCGGCGAGCCCGGGCGGCGGCGGGCUGGGGUACGCGUCGCGGCGGGGCCUCUACGCGCAGGCGGCGUCGCAUCACCACCAGGCCGGCGGUGGCAGCGCGCAGACGUCGCCCGGCGGAUCCCCGAAGGAGCUGUCCCCAGUCCACCGCCACGCGCGGGCGGGGUCCCUCGGCGGCGCCGGCGCGGCCUCCACCGCGGGCCGCCGCGCGGGGGUCGGCGCCGGCGCCGGCGCCCGCGCGCAGAACAGCGCCGCGCGCGCCGCCGCGCAGCGCCUCGCGCGGGUCAUGGGCGGCGGAGCGGGUGGGGAUGCCGGCAGCGGGAGCGACGACGACGACGACUACGAGCUUUCUGGUCCCCCCAUCGAGCUCUCCAACACCCCGCGCCGCACCUCCACCCGAUGCCCUUCCCCCUCGAUAGGCCGUUACCUUGCGGAUCAGACGCAGGUGGGCCGGCCGCCGUCGCUGACCAACCGCUACACGGCUGGGAAGUCGGUCCCCAUGAUCCCGUCGAUCAAGCGGCCGGCGACCAGCGGUGCGGGGGCCGGGGCUGGUUCAGAGUCGCCCAUGCCGAACCGAAGGGAGCAGAGGAGAUCAGUUGAUCUUGGAAGCUCAUUGAGAGCUCGUCGUACAUCUUCUUCUCUUAAUGAUGAGAUUAACACACUUCAAGUGGAAAAUGAAAGCAUGUAUGACAAAUUUAACAUGUUGGAAGCAAUCAACCUUGUUUUUAUCUUACCUGCAUCUUCCCAUCUUCAGCUUGCAGAAGAAAGGUCUGAUGAUGGAGAUGCCAAAUCCAUGCACAUGGAGAGAGAGGAUUCUGAUAUUGGUGAUGCAGUAGAAACAGAGCCAAUUUUGAUUAGCAGGAAAGACGCAGCACUAGAACAAAGAAAGAUUGCUAUGCGAAUUGCUUCGCGAAGGUCCAGCAGUGCAAGCUGUAAUGAGAUUGCAACCCUUAAGUCAGAAGCAAAGGUUACUAGUAAUUUGGUUACAUCUGUAUCUCGGAGACUGAAAAGUGCUAGAUCAGAACUGAGAUCUCUUCAGGCAACAGCCAACAGAAUGAUGCUGUCACAGGAAGAGCUGGAGGAGGUGGUGCUAAAGAGAUGUUGGCUGGCCCGCUACUGGACAUUAUGUUCUAAACUUGGGAUACAUUCUGAUAUUGCUGAAGAAAAAAAAGAAUACUGGUCCUCAUUUGCACCGCGUGCACUUGAAGCAGUCCUAUCAAUUGGGCAAAAGGCAAGAGAUGGAACUUUAUCAGUUCAUGUGGUGACAGAUAAUGCUGACAUGGAGAGCAGAAGCAAAAUGUCUGAUGUAAACGAUAUAUCUAGUGAUGGCAAUAUUGAGACCAUGCUUUCAGUUGAGAAAGGAUUGCGUGAAUUGGCUUCACUCAAGGUUUUUCUCAAACUUGAAAGUUUCAACUGCAUGUCAGCAUGA